AUGUCUGACUCUACGCCCUCCUCGACACCAUCCUCCACCUCUGACUUGGGGGUGCCUGAUAUGGAAUUCGUCUACUUCAGCAACGAGUUUCCAAAGGGCGAUCUCCAAAGCAUUUUUCGCCAAAUUCACAAACACUCUAAAGACAGUCGAUAUCGUACGCUAGCAGAGUUCAUUCACGAGGCGACUGUCGUUGCUAAGGAGGAGAUUGAGAAGCUUCCAGCUGAAUUGAGGAGUUUAUUUCCUGCAUUCGAAACUAUUCUUGCUUGGGGUGAGAAUGACGAGUUGCGUGAAGGGCUACUUUGCGGUGCUGUAGAUGGCGCUUUGCUUAUUGUUGCCCAACUUGCAAUCUAUAUUGGAUAUGCCAUCAACCGCCGAAAUGAAUUGAUUGAAUUUGAAGGCCAAAGCCUAACUGGUCUUGGCAUCGGACUACUUGCCUCGACAGCCAUAUCCCUGUCACCCAGUCUCAGCGACCUGCCGCUUGCUGGCGCCGAUGCCAUCCGUGUCGCUCUCCGUCUUGGGUUCCUUGUGUCAAGAAUCUCAGAGGGACUGGAAUCUCGUGACUUGUCGCAGUCUCCUGACACAUGGGCCUACGUUGUGCACGGUGUAGAUCAUACCACCGCGCAAAAGGAACUGGACAGCUUCCACGCCCGGUCGCCUGUUCCCUCAACCGGCAAGAUCUUCAUCAGCGCAAUUGCCCAAUCUUCAGUUACGAUCAGCGGCCCGCCGGCCAAGCUCAAGGCUUUGUUCAAUAAGUCUGAGUUUUAUCGUACUGCCAGAUUUAUUGCUUUGCCAGUUUAUGGCGGUCUUUGCCAUGCGCCACAUAUUUACAACUCUCAGCACACGAGGACAAUUGUCCAUGAUGGCGGGCAACUGCACACCAUGACGAGAAAAGUGUGGCCGUUAAUGCCUAUUUACUCUACUAGCACUGGCUCACCAUUCCCUGCCAAGGAUGCAGCUGAGCUGUUUGAGUCCGUUGUAACUGAGCUCCUCACCAAGGGCAUAACUUGGGAUCGGGUCAUUAACAACAUCGUCAAUAAUGUGAAAGAUGGCGGCGCGUGUUCUGUAGUGCUAUCUAGCUUUGGCAACUCGAUGCCUCUGAAUGAGCUCAACUCAGCCCUCAGCAAGGAUCUCCCUGGAGUCAAGGUCACCACGAACGACUUCAUGCCUUGGCUCUCUGAUGUCAGUCCCAGGGAUACUGCUCCUCGUGGAAGCGCUCAGUCGAAACUUGCCAUUGUUGGCAUGUCCUGCAGGCUCCCCGGUGGCGCCACAAGCAACGCCAAAUUCUGGGAUAUCUUGGAGAAGGGUCUUGAUGUGUCCCGACGUAUCCCUGCAGACCGAUUUGACAUUGAUACUCAUUAUGACCCUACGGGAAAGCAACUCAACAAGAGCAUGACUCAAUAUGGCUGCUUUAUUGACGAACCUGGGAUGUUUGACGCCCCAUUCUUCAACAUGUCUCCCCGUGAGGCGCAAGUCGUCGAUCCUCAAAUGCGUCUCGCUCUUGUGACAGCGUAUGAAGCUUUAGAGCAGUCAGGCUUCGUCGGCAACCGAACUCCUUCAACGCGCUUAGAGCGUGUGGGUACUUACUAUGGUCAGGCUGCUGAUGAUUAUCGUGAGGUCAAUCAAGGCCAGGAAGUUAGCACCUACUACAUCCCUGGUGGAUGCCGAGCUUUUGGCCCCGGCCGCAUCAACUACUUCUUCAAGUUUGCCGGACCCAGCUACAGCAUUGAUACUGCCUGCUCGUCUGGUCUGGCUGCCAUUGAAGUGGCCUGCCAGGCUCUCUGGAACGGCGAUGUUGACACUGCCGUUGCUGGAGGCGUCAAUGUACUCACCAACCCGGAUGGUUUUGCCGGCCUUUGCAACGGCCACUUCCUUACCAAAGGCCAUAAUGCAUGCAAGACUUGGGACGCCACUGCUGAUGGGUACUGCCGAGCGGACGGUGUUGGCUCUCUUGUUAUCAAGAGGCUUGAGGAUGCCAACGCCGACAACGAUAAUAUUCUGGGCGUCAUCCUGGCCGCUGGAACCAACCACUCUGCCCAAGCUGUCUCUAUCACUCAUCCUCACGCUGGUCACCAGGCAUACCUGUCCCGUCAGGUCCUUCGUCAAGCUGGUGUGGAUCCUUUAGACGUUUCGUACGUUGAGCUUCACGGCACCGGAACCCAAGCCGGCGACCACGAGGAGAUGCAAGGCAUCAUGGACGUGUAUGCUCCCAUCACCAAGCGCCGAAGCAAAGACCAGCCUCUUCACAUUGGCGCAGUGAAAUCUAAUAUAGGCCACGGUGAAAGUGUUGCUGGUACUGCUGCCCUUAUCAAAGUGCUGUUGAUGUUGCAGAAGAGUGCUAUCCCGCGUCAUGUUGGUAUCAAGACUGAGAUCAACCCCAAGUUCCCCAAAGACUUUGACAAGCGGAACCUGAUUAUACCAUUUGAGAUGACGGCCUGGCCUCGCGUUCCUGGGAAGAAACGUAUUGCUGCAGUCAAUAACUUUGGUGCUGCUGGCGGAAAUACAACCAUGGUCCUGGAAGAAGGCCCUGCUCGUGAGAUUACCGACACCGAUCCCCGCGAGACACACGUCAUUUCUGUCUCUGCGAAAACUAAAAUUUCCCUUGCGAACAAUAUUGAGCGAUUGAUCAGCUAUCUUGAUGAAAAUCCGGACGCCAGACUUACAGACCUGUCUUACACAACGACUGCUCGCCGGUAUCAUCACACUUAUCGCAUUGCUGUGGUUGCGUCGGGUCUGGCCCAGCUGAAGAAAGAGCUUUCUGCUCGGCUGGAAAAGGCAGACUCCAUCAAACCGGUUGGAAAGUCUGAUUCUCCACCCAUUGCCUUUACCUUCACGGGUCAAGGUGCCUCGUAUAAGUCGAUGGAUAUCCAGUUGUACCGCGACGUGCCAACCUUCCGAGAGCACAUCGACAGCCUCGACUCACUCGCUCAACGACAAGGCUUCCCGUCAUUCGUUCCCGCACUGGACGGCUCGCACCCGAAAGACCAUGCUCACUCUCCUGUCGUCACUCAGUUGGCACUUGUCUGUUCGGAGAUCGCUCUCGCUCAGUACUGGAUGUCUUUGGGCGUCAAGCCUGAUUGCGUCAUGGGCCACAGCUUGGGAGAGUUUGCCGCCAUGCAUGUCGCUGGUGUGACCAGUGCAAGUGAUACCAUCUUCAUGGUUGGUCUCCGGGCUCAAAUGCUCCAGGAGAGAUGCAAGUCUGGUAGCCAUUGCAUGAUGGCUGUCCGUGCCUCCAAGUCCCAAAUUGCGGACGCUUCCGCCGGAAAGACUUACACCAUUGCCUGCAUCAAUGGUCCGUCUGAUACUGUACUUAGCGGCACAAAGGAACAGAUUGACAACGUAUCCGUGUCUCUGGAAGAAGCGGGCUUCAAGUGCUUCAGGCUGGAUGUUGCUUUUGCGUUCCAUUCUGAGCAAAUGGAUCCCAUCUUGGGCGACUUUGAGGAGAUCUGCAAGACUAGUGUCAUAUUCCAGGAACCCAAGUUGCCCGUCAUCUCUCCAUUGUUGGGCAAGGUUGUAUUCGACGGCAAGACUCUCAACGCCAAGUACGUGCGCCAGGCUACCCGCGGAACGGUUGACUUUUUGUCCGCUCUGAACUUUGCCCAGCAAGUUGCAACAGUUGGAGAAGACACCAUAUGGGUAGAAAUUGGCCCUCAUCCCGUCUGCGUCAACUUCAUCAAGUCCAUCAUCCCAGCAACCCGGACCGCAGUGCCCUCCAGUCGCCGAGAUGACUGCAACUGGAAAACGUUGGCCAACAGCAUGGCAGCGCUUCACGCGGCAGGCGUCAAGAUUGAUUGGAAUGAGUUCCACCGCCCCUUUGAGAGGAGAGUCAGACUUCUUGAUCUUCCCGCCUAUUCUUGGAGCGAGAAGAACUACUGGUUACAGUAUAACGGUGACUGGUGCUUGACCAAGGGAAACAACUUUUACGCUACAGAGAAAGCUCUUGUCAAUGCCGAACCCCUUCCUCGCAGUGAGAUCCAGACUUCGACUGUGCAACAAAUUAUAGAGCAGAGCUUCGAUGGCGCCGCCGGCAAGGUUGUCAUGCAGUCCGAUCUCAUGCAGCCAGAUUUCCAGGCUGCUGCUGAUGGACAUCGUAUGAAUAACUGCGGUGUUGUGACUUCGUCGAUCCACGCCGAUAUUGCAUACACCCUUGGAAGUUAUUUGCUCAAGAAGCUUCUUCCCAAGUCAAAAAAUACCGACAUCAAUGUCUGCAACCUAGUCGUGACCAAGGGCCUCGUCGCAAAGGCUGACAGGAAGUCCGCCCAGCUCAUCCGAGUGACUGUGGCCACUGCUAAUGUCAACUCUGGCAUUGCUGAAUUAACUUGGCAGAACGUUGACAACGAUGGUACCGUCCAUGAGCCAUUUGCCACUGCAAAUAUCGUCUAUGGCAACUCGGCUGAGUGGCUCUCAUCUUGGAGCCCCAUGGCGCACCUUGUUUCCAGCCGCAUCGAAGCUCUGGAACGUCUUGCUGUGGAAGGCAAAGCGAAUCGCUUCUCGCGUAAUAUGGCAUACAACAUCUUUGGCGCCAAUCUGGUAGAUUACGCAGAAAAAUAUCGCGGAAUGCAAUCUGUUGUCAUGCACGAGCUCGAAGGCUUCGCAGACGUUCAACUCACCACGAAAGAGAGCGGUGUGUGGACUGUUGCGCCCUACUUCAUUGACAGCGUCGCCCACUUGGCCGGUUUUAUCAUGAACUGCUCCGAUGCCAUGGAUACCAAGAAGAACUACUGCGUGACGCCAGGUUGGAAUGGAAUGCGUUUUGCUAAGCCUCUCGUUGCUGGCGCCAAAUACCGUUCUUACGUCAAGAUGAUCCCUACACCGGAAGAUCCCACCGCCUUCUUUGGCGAUGUCUACAUCAUGCAGGAUAAUGUGAUUGUUGGCCUGGUUGAAGGAAUUGAAUUCCACAGCUAUCCUCGAAUCCUUCUCACUCGAUUCUUCUCACCUCCUGACAAGGCAGCGAAUAUUGAAGGCAAGCAGUCUACUACAGCCCAGAAAGCUACCACGGUUGUCACCGUUGUACCGCCAACGCCAACACCGGUCACAUCCAACAAGGACAUCAAUAUUGAAACUCAAAAGGCGACUACUCCCAGCCCAACUCCGGCGCCGGAAGUUCACCCUACGGCAGCGCCAGCCGAGCCGAAGGCGAAGGCAACGGGAGGUGAUAGCGUCGCGGACAAGGCCCUCCAACUGAUCGCAAACGAGGCCGGCCUCGAAAUUUCCGAUCUGGAGGAUGACGCCAGUUUCAGCGACUUGGGUGUCGAUAGUCUCAUGUCUCUUGUUAUUGUUGAGAAGUUUAGACUGGAGCUCGAUGUGAAGGUUGGCGGAUCACUUUUCCUGGAUUACCCUACAAUUGGCGAUUUGCGAAAAUGGCUAGACGAGUAUUACGGAUAA